CCGCCUCCCGGACACUCUUCCGGAAAGGGGUCGAGGCUCGGGCCGCCCCGCCCGUCGGCCUAGGAUGGUAAAAUCGGAACGCCUUCCCAUCUGGAAUGUGCCGCGCUGCGGCCGGAGGUCGUCCGUUGGCCUCGGGUCCCGAGAGGAAAAGUUGCCGACCCGACGGAGGAAGAUUCGUCGACCGAGCAUUUAUUCCAGCGAAGGAUGAGCGCUUUCGCCAUCUCGGUUCACGGUGGAUAAACAAACCGCUCCGCGGAACGGUCGCCGGCCCGAGUGCCCGACUCCGCCGGAACGCUUAUAAAUUAGGUUUCGGCGGUAGCCGUUAACGAUUAGGGCGGGGACGGUUUAACCCCCCUCACCCGUCCCGCGCCGGAUCCGCCACUUUGGAAACGGGAAAAAGACGUACUGCGCCGCUUUCGUAAAUAGUUUUGCGGCCGCCGUUACUUUACCGCGCGGUAAAAGUAGGUUAGGGGACCCCUAAUUCCGGGGCCUUCCUCCACCGCGCUUUUACCCCUCCGCCGUGGCUACCUCCCGGGUACGUCCCGGAUUAACGAAGGGGACGUUUCUUCUCACCCCGCUAGUAGGUUGGGGCACCCCGGAAACUGACGGUCCUUCGUUCGGAUGUCGACUCUUCUCGGACCGUUUCCUUCCCUUUUAUCUGUUUUAUCGGCGCGGGUCUUUAACCCCUCCAGUCGUCGACCCGAGUCGGUAAGUUUCCCGGCCCGAAAGAGGGAGGAAAGCCUUUUCGAAAAGCCCGACAAAACCUUUUUUUUUUUUCUCCCCGCUCGCAGUCUUCCCCCUCCGAUUCGCACCCGCUCUAUAAAAUCUCUCCUCCAUUCUCCCACCUUCCCACUUUCGUUUCCCUUCUAACGCGGCGCCCGGAUCCGCCCAAACUCCUUCCGAACGAGGGGACCGGAAAAGGGAGAAGGCGGCGGGCUCCCCGCCGGAGGAGCGGAGCGGUCGGGAAGGUCUUCCCGCUUUUUCGCUUAUCGGCUCGGGGCCUUAUCUCCUUCCGGGAAAGGACGGCGCCCGCCGCCCCCUCCGUGCUCCGGACGGAAGGGGACCGGAAAGCGGGAUCCCGAUGGGCCCGCGGACGGGGAAGAGGAAGGAGGCGGGGGUCGGCCUCCGGGAGUCGAGUGGAACCGGCGCGGCGGUCGACGACCCGCCGCCGACGAAAGCGAAAGCGGGGGAGCGACCCUUAUCUGGGUCGGUGACGUCACCGCGCGUGACGAGAAGCGAUAUCGUCGGCGCUAUUUAGGUCGACGAUCGAUUCUCCGGCGCUCAGUCGCUUCCCGACCCGAGAAUGUCGCGCGUCGUUCGGAGGGCCGGGGAUCGUCCGGAUCCCUCGCGCGCCCACCCCUGUUUCGCCGGAUGCGGAUACCUGGGAAUGUACCAAUUGGGGGCGGCCGCCUGCUUCCGACUCAACGCCCCCUACCUCUUCGGCCGGAAGGCGGCCGGGGCCUCGGUGGGGGCCCUGGUGGCCGCCGCCAACCUGUGCCGAGUUCCCCUGGACGACUGCGCCCGAGGACUGGUGCGUGCGGCCGUCCGGGCCCGGAGAACUCCCCUGGGACCCAUCAGCCCCGGAUUCAAGAUCCUGGACAUCAUCCGUCGGGGGAUGGACGAGGUGCUGCCGCUCGACGCCCACCUGCUGUGCGACGGACGACUCUUCGUCUCGGUCACCCGAGUGUCGGACGGACGCAACGUUCUUCUGUCUCGCUUCCACACCCGAGACGAAUUGCUUCAGGCGCUGGUGUGCAGCUGCUUCAUCCCCCUGUACUGCGGAUUUGCCUAUCCCCGGUUUCGAGGAGAGGCCUACGCCGACGGUGGACUCAGCGACAAUCAACCCCUGUUGGACGAACACACCCUGACCGUGGCCCCCUUCUACGGAGAGAGCGACGUCUGUCCCACGGACUCUUCUUGCAGCUUGAUACAGAUCUACCUGGGCGGCACCAGCCUGGCGAUCACUCCCGCCAACCUGCACCGUUUCGGAGGCAUUCUCUUCCCCGGGGACGCUCGCACCCUGGGCCGAUUGUGCCAGCAGGGCUUCGACGACGCCUUCCGUUUCCUGCGCGACAACGAUUUCCCCACGGCCUGGGGGGGCCCGGAAAGACCCAAGCGCCCGUCUUCCUCCUUCCCUCCCGACUGUUCCUAUCCAGCGCCCACUCCGCGCCCGAGAGGUUCGGACAUGCCGGAAACGGUUCGAAAAGUUAUCGAAGAAGAAUCGUCGGAGACCGGCCUCCCGAUCUUUUCCCCCUCCUUCCUCUGGCGCGGGCCCGGAAAGAUGUUGAGGCUGCUGCGCUCGGCCUCUGUGCGACUGACCUGCCGCCUCUUGGACGGGUCCCGUAAAUUGUGCCUGGCCGCGGGGUGUCGUCUGAUCGACGGGGCGGAGAAGCUGCUGCUGCUGCUGACUCGGGCGUUGGAAAAGUUGGAGCCCGACGCCGGUGGCUACGGGCUCUACUGCCGCUGGGCCGUCCAAGAGUUCCAUCCGGGACUUUGCCAGUCCAAAGCGGAGGGCGGAAAUCCCCUUCCCGCGGAGAAACGCCCGGUGGGACGACUGCGCCUGCUGAUGGAUUCCGACCCGCUACCCGCCCCCACCGCCGACCGAGAGGAGUUGGAUCGGGCGGCCCGGGCCCUGGCCGAUCGGGCCCUGAGGGCCGCCCGGACGGCUCUGGACGGACUGGAGGGGGGCGGCCGCCCGACGGAACUGGAGGAGGUGCUGAAAAUGACGGAGGAGAAAGAGGCGCUGAUGUCCUUCUACUACCUGGACGAGAAGCGGAGGGUCAACCGAACUUCCAUCUUCUCGAUGGAAGACGAGAAGGGCGCGCUUUCGUAGAGGGAAAGAAGCUUCUUCCCCGGUGGAGCGGAAGCGAAAGUCGACGAAUUCCGGUCCGGAUCCCGGGAGACGACGAAAGUGGAAUCUCCCGAGAGAGGGGGGCCUUCGGCGCCGGUCGAAAUCCCGGUCCGAGAAGGUGUGGUCGUGUAAUGACAUUAUUUAAGAUAAAUUUUAUAUUUUCCCACGUC